AUGACAUUUAGUGAAGAUAAAAGACAAUUUAGAUAUGUCGACCCUCUAAAUGAAGAUUUUAAACAUUUAGAAUGUCCUUUGUGUAAAGAUCCAUUGGAAGAUCCAAUUGUUGAACCAAGUUGCAGAAAUAUGGUAUGUAGAAGCUGUUUUGAAACAUCUCCUGAAUUCAUCAAAAAUAGUGUUUGCCCUAUUUGUUCUAAAAAAUGUGAAACUAUUGAUCAAACAACAAUCCCUAUUUUCAUUACAAAGCUAUUAGAUAACUUAAGAGUUAAAUGUAAAGUAUGCAAUUCCGAACAAGAGAUCAGAAGAGCUGACUUUACUAAUCAUGCAGAGAACUUUUGCAAAACUCAGUGUAAAUUGGGAUGUGGGGAAUGUCUAACUAAACCACAAGUACAGUCACAUAAUCAAAUUUGUAAAAAAUUCCCUGUAGAGUGUUCCGCUAAAAAACUCAUGUGUAAAUGGACCGGAAUUAGAGAAGACUUGGAAGAGCAUGAAAAGAAAUGUAUUUACUUUGGAUUGGAAAAUGCACUCUCAUUUAUUUUAGAAAAAUUAAGUAUGUUAGAAGAAAAACAAAAUGUUACAAAUUCAAACUUAACAACCUUCAAAGAAAAAUUUGAUUCUAAAUUUCCAAAAUAA